UUCGCCAGCUAAUUUAUCUAGCUAUCAAAUAAAUGUGUUAUCCGACGCUAGAUAGCGGCGCACAUUCGGCUUGUUUAUGGAUCAGUCAGCUGGCUCAGCAAAGAGGGUCACAAACAACAUGCGUCAUUAAACUGCUUUCCAGAAAACUAGCUACCUGUUUGCUAAAUGGAACCAUUCUUAUAACAACAAACACAUAACUGCUAGCUAAUGUUCCCAAAUACGCAUGAUUCUUCUUUUGAUAAUGUUUGCAUUUAGCUAACAGAAGACUGAAAUAGCCAGUAGGUGUGCUCAUCAACAAGCUAACGUUACUAGUACCACCGAGCCUGGUUCUAAACAGAUAACUGUUAGCCACACACUACGAGUUGACUAGCUAGCAACAACACUUUCUGUUUCAUAGAACAGUUACUGUUAGCUGCCAAAUCUGCUAAUAUAUUGGAUUUGAUGCUCAAUACACUAGAAACAAACACGCAAAGCAUCUAUUUCUACUCGCCUAACGUUUGAACAAAAAAAUUCUAAAUGUUGAAUUGAGACGAGAUCUGUUGAACAUUUCCAAUUUUUACAACCCUUGCAUCAAUCAAUAGAAUAGUUAGCUAGUAACGUCCGUAAACUAACUAAAUGAGGGUUGAGGUCAGUCUACUUCCCUCGAACGUCUGUUCUCAGGCCACAUAUGAGUGAGCUGCAACAGUGGCAGUUCAAAAACAGUGGUUGAGGCUUGUGUUCUUCAAGGGCAACUAUUUAAGUUGCCAGUAUACAGUAAUUGUGGUUAGAUAUCACGACAAAACAAAAAUUACUCUGACUGGUGUCUUCAUAAGUGUGACUUCGAUGGAUCUCUCUGCAGUGCACCGGAUAAAGGGGGAAGAACCAUUAACUACGUGACAAGCAAACCCAGGUGAUUGUGAAAGGCACUGGAUGGAUAGCAUCGACGCUGAAGUCUUGUACCUGUCCACGGAGCAGCAUGGGCAGCCACAAUGUGAGCUUCCCCACACUGCCCUGGAGGUACCCACCAUGGGAGGGGCAAAGAAGAUGAAUGGGACCCUGGACCACCCAGACCAGCCUGACAUCGAUGCUAUCAAGAUGUUCGUUGGCCAGAUCCCACGGUCCUGGGCAGAGGAACAGCUGCGGGAGCUUUUUGAGCCUUACGGUGCCGUCUACGAAAUCAAUGUGUUGCGUGACAGGAGUCAAAACCCCCCACAGAGCAAAGGUUGUUGUUUCAUAACAUAUUACGCUCGCAAAUCAGCGUUGGAAGCACAAAAUGCCCUUCACAACAUGAAAAUUCUCCCUGGGAUGCAUCACCCCGUUCAGAUGAAGCCAGCUGACAGUGAGAAGAAUAAUGCGGUGGAAGACAGGAAGUUGUUCAUAGGGAUGAUAUCGAAAAAGUGUAAUGAGAAUGACAUCAGACUUAUGUUCUCGCCGUACGGACAGAUCGAGGAAUGUAGAAUACUACGUGGGCCGGAUGGACUGAGCCGUGGUUGUGCGUUCAUCACUUUUACAGCAAGACAGAUGGCACAGUCAACAAUCAAAUCCAUGCACCAAUCACAAACUAUGGAGGGCUGUUCGUCUCCCAUCGUCGUGAAGUUUGCCGACACGCAGAAGGACAAAGAGCAGAAGCGCAUCGCCCAGCAGCUUCAGCAGCAGAUGCAGCAGAUCAACGCUGCUUCAAUGUGGGGGAAUCUGACCGGGCUCAACUCUCUGGGCCCACAGUAUCUGGCACUUUAUUUACAGCUCCUCCAGCAGUCUGCCACCUCUGGGAAUACCCUCAACAACCUUCACCCCAUGUCUGGUAUGUCAGGGCUGAAUGCCAUGCAGAACCUGGCUGCUCUGGCAGCGGCGGCCAGCGCCACACAGGCCACGGGCAGCAGCGCUCUCACCACCUCUAGCAGUCCCCUCAGUGUGCUCACCAGCUCAGGUACGGGUACUGGACAGCAAGCACACUCAUCAUGGGACACCUACAAGGCAGGAUCGUCACCCACCUCCUGUAACAACAACUCAGUGAACCCCAUGGCCUCUUUAGGGGCGCUGCAGUCGUUGGCUGCAGGGGCUGGAGCCGGCCUCAACAUGGGCUCACUUGCAGAGCUCCUGUGUCUAGGGAUGGCAGCCCUGAACGGUGGUCUAGGCAGCGGGGGCAUGUCGAAUGGAACUGGUAGCACCAUGGAAGCCCUUACCCAGGCCUACUCCGGGAUCCAGCAGUACGCUGCUGCUGCCCUCCCCAGCCUCUACAACCAGAGCCUGCUCUCCCAACAGAGUGUCAGUGCUGCAGGGAGCCAGAAGGAAGGCCCUGAGGGAGCCAACUUGUUCAUAUACCACCUCCCCCAGGAGUUUGGAGACCAGGACCUGCUCCAGAUGUUCAUGCCCUUUGGCAACGUUAUUUCCGCUAAGGUGUUCAUUGACAAGCAGACCAACCUCAGCAAGUGUUUUGGCUUUGUGAGUUACGACAAUCCAGUCUCAUCUCAGGCCGCCAUUCAGUCGAUGAACGGUUUCCAAAUUGGUAUGAAGCGACUAAAGGUGCAGCUGAAGCGAUCCAAAAAUGACAGCAAGCCAUACUGAGCGCUUUAUCUCUCAAUUGGACUUGGUUAGGAAAUGUUUUUUUCUGAUAUCUUCGUGCCCGUUUGUUCAUCGUUUGCCUAGCAUGUUGAUGUGACGUCAAAAGUUCAUCGUCCAGUUCGUUGUCCUCUGCACCUCUCUGACGCUUGAAAUGUUCACCUUUUUGACCUUUUGACAUUUAUUGGGGGGUCUGUGUUUCUCUUGUUUUUUGUGCUGCCAGUAGGGUGCGCUAGAAAGACUGCCAAGAAAAGACUGCCAAGAAAAAUAUAAAAUGUAUAAAGCUACAUGAGUAUUAUGUUAAGCAAAAAAGAGAAUCUAUUUUUCUAGAACUUACUGACAUAACCACUCGAUUUUUCCAAAUCUGUUUAAUUUUGUUUUGUUUAAUUUUUUACCUUGAUGGUAAACUCAUUUCUUUUUUUCAUUAUAUUUUGAGCGGUCUUCCUUAGCGCCCCCAACCUACGUUUUUGUUUUGUGUCUGAAAACAACCAAUCAAUUUAUAGAAACGACUUAUGUGUUUGGGUGGUUUUUCUCUUGUAAGUUAUACACUUUUUUUUAGGAUGUCUUUGGUCACAUUUUGCUGAACUGGGGAUGACUUUGUCAUUUUGUGCUAGGCUAGUUGGCAUGAUGGUAAUUUUUUGGGAGUUUCUUUUGAGUGACAACGAUAUACACUUGAAUCACCGUUUUUGUCUUUCAGUGUGUGAAGUCAUCACAGGCACAUAAUGUUUUAAUUUCCUUUUGUGUGGAAAUCAUCCUUAGUCUGAAUAAUAAAAUAUACUAAAUUAGCAGAAUUGAUUUUCUUUUCACAGUUAAAUAUUUAGCAUGCACGUUUUUGUAACUGCACUGUAAUCCUCAGCAAAAUGUGAUUGAGUUUUGUUUAUAGAAAGAAAAAGAUGAAUAAACGAGUGCCAAACGACGCUGUUGGACACAUUUAUCUCUUACACGUUACCCACUGAAGUUAAGAUCUGGGCAACAAAAAGUAGUGGCUGGUUUCUUUUUCAACGUUAAUGUGGUGGGUUGUACCUCGUAGGUUUUCAUGUGUGUGUUUUAGUCUCAUUUUAGGGACCCAUAUUUUACAUUAGGAUUUGAGGUGAAGUUAGGUGUUGGAAAGAUUUAGAUUUUUCUGUACAAGUAGUCCCCAAACUAGGUCAAACAACAAAAUCAAAGAUCUCAUGCAUUAAAACCAGGUUAUAAAGCAUGUGCCCUUAAAGGUUUAUUUGUAGCUACUUCAGGAUUAAUUAUGUUGGGUUGGGAGUGUUUUCAGUGAUUUGUUUUUGUCUCAUAAUAAAGGCUAAACACUACCUUUUCAUGCAGGUCCUGAUAAACUUUGUAUUUUACUCCCAGAGAGCACAGGUUUUAUUAGCAUACCUUGUUUUUUAAUAUAGAUGUAUUGCAUUGGCACAGUCUGUAGCGUGUGAAGUGAUGCUUUAUCUGACCUUAUGAUUUUGUCUGAUAACUUUUGCCGUGUUAUGUGUGUGUCGUUGUGCAUUAACCUCGUCAAUUUGCUUUACUUGGGCAAAAUGAAUCCCUUCUACUGUCAUCAUUUAAGUGGUCCAUAUCUAUACAAACCAUUGUCUUUGCAGUUAUUAAAACAUGGCUCCAUCCCUGUUGGUUAACAUCAGGGCCCUCUUCUCAAACCAGGGUUGGGUCUUAGAAAUGGAACCUCUUCCCACAUCAUAGAACUGUCACGUGUUCUGUACUCGGAACUACCCUUUAAUUAUUUUCACUGUUAAAAACCACUUCUCUGGGUUAUUGAUCUCCCAUUGUUCAACAAAAAAUGUGUUGGAUGGAAUCUCCUAAAAUUAAUUGACCUGCAGAAAAAAUAGACUAAUUGGAUUGACUGGGCUCAUUUCAUUUUAACAUUGUGAUAGAUUUGUAUUUCCAGAUUUGUCAGCUGCUAGGUCUGAGUUUAAAUGUGAUCCUAAAAAAGAAACCUGUUGGAUAUUUUUAGCAUUAUUAUUGGUACAAAGUGACUGAUUUUCUAUUUAAAAUUUGGUUUGUACAGUUUUUGCCUUUUCUACUUGAACAAAGUUAUUAUAUUUCACAAUGUGACAUUGAAAUUAAAAGAAGUUCAACCAUGUAGAGCUUAGUUGCCACAUGACCAAACCUUAGUCUGUACAGCUGUAAUAUUAAUUGAUAAAAUAAUGCAUUUCUGUGAAGUCUCCUUUAGUUGAAUUCAAUUAAAUGCUUUUCUUUAUAUUUGUUUUGUUUUACAAUGUUGUGAUUUUGCUGUGAGGCAUAGACAUUGCUGAAUUUAUUACAAGUCCAAAACAGUUGCUUUUUAAAAUAAUUUCAGUUCGAUAUUGUCUUAAAUGUUUUGGAUUAAGGAUAACACGGUCUCCACAGGCGUGAAGCUAAGUGCACACUCCAUAAGCAGUCAUUUUGUGAGCCAAAAUUGUGAUCCCUAUUUGGUUGGUUUGUUUAUGUACAAUUAAACAUUUUAAAAAUUCAUAUUAAAA